AUGCCCCGCCAAGAAAAGCUCGCAUUCACGCGGAGACCAGCGAAGGUACUGGGAGGAGCAGGCCACAGGCCAUUGCGCAAGUCGGACCUGCUGCCACCACGCUUCAAACAGCGAAUCGGCGAAAAGGCGAAGCUAGAUAAAGACGUCCACGCACUGAAUCGACCCGGAACAGCUGAGCCGCAUCUUCCAACACCACCGCCGGCACCCUUUCCGGAAAAAGACUCCUCAGAAGAAGAAGAAGAGCCCGCACCCGAAGACCUCCUCAAACGGACUAAAUUUAGGUAUAAGAAAGCGCAGAAAUCGCGCAAGGAAGCCCAGAAAGAAUACAACCGCGUCAAAGACCCCGAGGACGGCAGCCUAGAAUCUCGAAUCGCAUACGCUAUGCUGGAGGACGCCAGCACCUGGGAAACCCGCUACAAACGGGAAUACAAAGACGCCAAGCGCGGGGAGGACACGACGGACUACCUGGGCGAGAUCCGCAAAGAGGAGGAAGAGCGAUUCGGUCGGCCGCUAUGGCGACGAGGGGGGCGUUGGCCGGAGCCGGGGAUUAAGGAGGUGCCUGGGGAGACUCGUGAGGAGACGUAUGGGAGGAUUGUGAUGCGGCGGGGGUAUGAUCCGGAUAUUCCGAGGGUGCCUAAGUAUCAACGGCCUUAUUACUGUGGUGGGGAAGGGGAGAGGACGAGAAGUGGGAGGUUGGUGAGUCGGGAGACUGAGGCUGAGGGUGAGGGUUAA